UGUCUGUUGUGUUGAUGAAAUGUGUUUGGUAUUGUCAUUCCCAGGGUAUCGCUGGAGAGGGAGGGGCUGCUGGUCUCACAGGGCCAAGGGGUGAGCGGGGCAUCCCAGGAGAGAGAGGUGAUGUGGGAACUAACGGACUACCGGGGCCCAAAGGUAUUUCAGGAGGGCCAGGACCAGAGGGACCAAAGGGGGAGUCUGGAACUAAAGGAACUGUUGGGGACAUAGGAGCUGCAGGCCUGCAGGGGAUGCCCGGGGAGAGGGGUAUCCCUGGUUCUCCUGGUCCUAAAGGAGAUGUGGGUUCAGUUGGUGAGAAAGGAACCGAGGGUACUGCUGGAAAUGACGGGCCCGGGGGACUUCCUGGUCCAGUUGGACCAACAGGAGGCAUUGGGCUCAAUGGUGAUAAGGGAGAGUCCGGCCCUAAAGGGCCUCCUGGACGUCGAGGAGCGAGAGCAGUGGCCGGAGCUUCUGGGGAGCCUGGUCCAACCGGUGCAGUAGGAUUCCCUGGGUCUCCUGGUCCCGAUGGGCAACCCGGGGUCAAAGGUGAACCAGGAGAGAGGGGUCAGAAGGGUGAGGCUGGAGCACAGGGACUCCAGGGAACAGCUGGUAAACUUGGUUCCCAGGGUCCUGAUGGUGUGACUGGACUAAAGGGGGCCAGAGGAACACAAGGGGCCACGGAUGGGUCUGGUUUCCCAGGAUUCCCUGGGGGAGUUGGUCCAGCAGGCUCCGUUGGUGAGGUAGGGGUGCCUAGAGAAAUUGGUACCCCAGGGAAGGCAGGUACUCCGGGACUUAGAGGCGAGAAUGGAGGCCCUGGGCGUGUAGGAGAGAGGGGGGCCCCGGGCCCAGCAGGUGCCCCAGGAGACAAGGGAGAGCCUGGAGAGGAUGGACCAGGGGGCCCUGAUGGGCCGGCGGGACCACCAGGUAUCUCAGGACAGCGAGGUGUUGUGGGCAUACCUGGAGUCAGAGGAGAGAGCGGGAUGUUUGGGCCCCCCGGUACUGCUGGUGCACCCGGAAAAUCACGUGCCCCCGGAACUCAGGGUGGCAAGGGUGCUGUCGGUGCAGUCGGGUUACCAGGGACAACCGGACCAAGAGGGGACCUUGGUCUUACGGGGAAUGCUGGGUCUGAUGGGGUACCUGGCAAGGAUGGACUUAUAGGAGCCAGGGGAGAUAGAGGGAAUCCUGGUGCUGAGGGUCUUGCUGGAACUCCUGGGCUUCAUGGCUCUGUUGGUCCAGUCGGCACCUCUGGAGUCCCUGGGAAGAGAGGAGACAAUGGUGCUAGAGGGCCUCCAGGACCCCAGGGACAAUCAGGGAUCCGGGGGAAGCUGGGGCCUCAAGGGCCACAGGGAGACAGGGGAGCCAAAGGAGACCAAGGAGAGAGAGGGCAGAAAGGGCACAGAGGCUUCACUGGAUUGCAAGGCUUACCUGGGACAACUGGACAAUCUGGGGAUGUUGGAGCUCGAGGAAUUGUAGGACCUACUGGACACAGAGGGCCCCCUGGUGUGGUUGGCCCCGCAGGAGGUGAUGGACAAAUCGGGCUGACCGGGCCCAUGGGAUCUCCUGGAUCAAGAGGAACCAGUGGAGACAUCGGACCUCAGGGGCCUCCUGGGGAUGCUGGUCCCCCUGGUCCCCCAGGGACGCCUGGCCCUCCCACUGCUGGGGCUGAUAUGUUCGGCUUCAGCAGCUCCUUUGACUACGACUACGGCGAGGACCAGGAUGGACCACCUCCACCCCCAGAGUUUAACGGGGAUGAAUCAGCCCCCCCUCAACCUCCUCCAGAGUCCAACUGGGACGACUCUGGCCCCCAUCCCCCUCCAGAGUUCAACGACGAUGAGGCGCGUCCCAAUAAUGCCUCCACCAUCCUCGGGGCAGACCAGAGCGUCCAGAUCACGCUGAAGAGCCUCAGUGGAAACCUGCAGAACAUGAAGUGUCCCGAUGGCAGCCAGGCCAACCCCGCCAAAACCUGCCAGGACAUCAAGCAGUGCCACCCCCUUAAAAAGACCGUUCCAUAUCCAGGAGACUACUGGCUGGACCCCAACCAGGGCAGUACCAAGGAUGUUAUCAAGGUGUUCUGCAACAUGGAGACUGGUGAGACCUGCAUCUCAGCCCACCCCAUCUCAGCCAGCAUCCCUCGCAAAACAUGGUGGACCAAAUCCACUCCCACUGCCAGCAAACCUGUCUGGUUUGGAGCAAAUAUGAAUGGAGGAACUAAAUUUAGCUACGGCAACAAGGAGGAGCUGCCCAACGCCGUAACCAUUCAGAUUAGGCUGAUCCGCCUGCUUUCUAAGGAGGGCGUCCAGAAUGUCACCUACCACUGCAAGAACAGCGUGGCCGUGAAUGACGGAGCCACAGGCAACCUGAAGAAGGCUCUGAUCCUCAAGGGCUCCAAUGGACAGGAGGUCAAGGUUCAGGGCAACUCCCGCCUCAGAUACACUGUCCUGGAGGAUGGCUGCUCCAAAUCGAAUGGAGACUGGGGCAAGACUGUGAUUGAGUACAGAACUCAGACGCCAGCCAGACUACCUAUCGUAGACUUGGCCCCCAUGGACAUAGGCAAGGAGGAUCAGGAGUUUGGCCUGGACAUCGGCCCUGUGUGUUUCUCCUAAACCCAGCACACAUGGGACGGAUGGAUGGAUUUAUUUAACCUUAUGAGGAGUGAUUUUUUUUAGAACGCCAUCCUCAAUCCUGUUCCAAGAGGCAAUCUGGAUUUCAGACAACAAAACAGCACUCACUUUUAAGUUACAUCCUUAAAGAAUCAAUGGCUAUAUAUCACUCAUUUAAAUGAUUGCCCCUCGAAGAAUUAGGUUUCAGUUCGAUAACUAAUAAUGAACAACAACCCCUUGUGAUGUCAUCCAUUAGAAUCGGUAGGAAUGUUGUUGUCCAUUCUCCUCCAAAGGGUUAAACAUUCCCAAGACUCUUGGACUACCUGCUGAAGCAAUCAGCUUUGUACAUAAAGGCAGGGCGGAGAAACUACAGUGCUACUAAAAUAUUUAUUGCUUCUUUCCAAGAAACAACUAAAGUUGUUAGUGCAAUGGUGCUGGUAGUAAUUACUGUUGAGGAAUGCAGGUGAAUUGUAUUAAGAAGAUUGUAUCAUAAUGGUGUUUCAGGGCCUGAAGGUUUCAGCUUGUUGAAAACAUGACAAUUCAUGGAGCUUAAGUGUCAGUGUUGUACGACGUUCCAUCAUACAUUUCUUUACCAGUUUCUCAGUGAAUGCCACUAAAUAGAUAUACUGGCACUUGAUGUAGAGACAAAACAACAACAAUUGUAUUCCUUUUUCUAAUGUAAAUGCAACAUAAGAAUGUCAACACGUUUAUUAUGCCUGUUUAUUACUGAUAUUAUGAUAUUUUCUUCUGUCGACUGAUGGUGUUACACCCAAUAAAAUGAAUCUCGUGCCCUUUUCAGUCAA